AUGCAAGACACGGCCGUGGGACGUUUCCAGGCUCGCGCGCGGGAGGACGUUGUUGGCCGUACUUUUGCUGCUCUAGUGUCUAAACCUUGCGUUUUUCACGAAGCUUGCUUCCAAAAGAAAAAAAGAGUAAAUCACUUGUUUCAGAAGCACAGGACUGCGAAGCGUAGCUCAGGUGGCGUUACCGAUGCCGGAGACGCUAGCCGGGCUCGUUGCACUGCUCUUGUUGUUGUAUUUUUCCUGCUGGGGACUUGUCCUGUGUUGGCUCCAUGCUCUCUGCUUUCUUCUGCGAGGGAGAUUUUCAGAAGAGCUGACAAAAAUGAUGACGGGAAGCUGUCCCUGGAGGAGUUUCAAGCCUUUUUUUCGGAUGGGACGCUCAACGAAGAGGAACUUGAGAAGCUCUUUCACACCAUUGACUCGGACAACACCAACAAUGUGGACACAAAGGAGCUGUGUGACUAUUUUGCUGAUCAUAUGGGAGACUAUGAAGAUGUCUUGGCCUCACUGGAGAUGCUGAACCUCUCCAUCCUGAAGGCGAUGGACUACACCAAACGGGUGUACGAAAGCGGCAGCAACGUGGACCAGUUUGUGACCCGCCUCCUGCAACCAGACCCAGUCGCUGCUGAGCUCCGUGGAGAGCGCUGUCGACGCCAUCGACGAGCAAACCAACCCGGCCAGUCCGAUGCUGCUUGA